AUGGGUGUGCUGAGAGUGGAGACUCCCAAGCCCUCCAUCUCCAGCAGUAAUUUAAACCCCAAGGAGGCCACGGAGACUGUGGUCUUAUCCUGUGAUGCUGACACUCCGAACGCAAGCUACCUGUGGUGGAUAAAUGGUCAGAGCCUCCCUAUCAGUCCCAGGUUGCAGUUGUCUGAAAACAACAGGACCCUCAUUUUAUUUGGGGUCACAAAGUGUACUGCAGGACCCUAUGAAUGUGAAAUGAAGAGCCCAGUGAGUUCCAGCCGCAGCGACCCAGUCACCCUGAAUCCUGUCUCCUACAUCACCAGCAACAACUUCAGCCCCAUGGAGAAUAAGAAUGUUGUAGCCUUAACCUGUGAACCUAAGACUCAGGCCUACAUCUACAUGUGGUAGUUAAAUAGUCAGAGACUCUCGGUCAGUCCCAGGCUAGAGCGACCCGGUAAAAACAGGAUCCUCAUUCUAGCCAAUAUCACGAGAAAUGACACAGGUCCCUAUGAAUGUGAAAUAUGGGACCGAGUUGGUAGCAUCUUCAGUGACCCAGUCACCCUGGAUGUCCUUUAUGGUCCACACGACCCCAGCAUUUUCUCUCCAUUCACCAAUUACCGUUCAGGAGAAAACCUCUUCUUGUCCUGCUUCGUGGACUCUAACCCACCGGCAGAGUAUACUUGGACGAUUAAUGGGAAGUUUCUGCAAUCAGGACAAGAGCUCUCUAUCCCCAAAAUUACUACAAAGCAUAGCGGGAUCUAUGCUUGCUCUGCUCGUAACUCAGUCACUGACAGCGAACGUUCCACAUUCCAGAAGAUCAAAGUCUCUCCUCCUUUAAGAAGAGGACAUCUAUCCUGGCAUUAUUCGACAUAGCAGCCGUGAUGUCAUUUCUGUAUUUCAGGAAGUCUGGCAGACAGUUGCUUUGGUUCUUCCUCGAGGUAUUUACAGUCAGCUACAGUACAAAAUUGCUUUUUUUCAAGGAGAUAUAUGGAAAAGACUCUGACAACGACUCUUGAGUACAAGUUUCUGAUAACUUCAAGAUCAUACCCCUGGACUCUCUGAGAACUUUCAAAAUUUUAACGAACAGGCUGAUACUUUCA